AUGUACGGACACUUUUACCAUUCUGUGAAGCGUCAAAGAAACCAUUGUUACCAGAACUUGACCAUAAUGCGGAUUCUAGUCACGGGGGCAGCCGGAUUCAUAGGAAGUCAUACUACUCUUGAGCUUGUUGAAGCUGGCUAUGAUGUGAUGUGUAUUGACAAUUUCUCCAACUCAGUCUCGGACGACAAAGGUAAUGCAGUUUCAUUGUUGCGAGUGGCAGAACUAGUUGGAAAGCCAAUUCCUUUUGAGAGAUGCGAUGUAUGCGAUCUGGAGAAACUGGAUGCAGUUUUUGCUAAAGGUCAUUUUGACGGAUUAAUACAUCUUGCAGCGCUGAAAGCCGUUGGAGAAUCGGUGGCCAUGCCUUACGAAUAUUACUCUAACAAUCUCAUUGCUAGUCUCAACCUCGUCAAGAUGUGUCAGAAAUAUAAUGUCAAAAAUUUCAUCUUUUCUUCGAGCGCCACUGUCUACGGGGUUCCUAAGGAACUCCCCAUCACUGAAAGCUGUCCGACUGGCCAAGGAAUAACCAACCCCUAUGGUCAAACAAAGUACAUGAUGGAGCAGAUACUAAUAGAUGUUGGGAAGGCGCAUCCUGACUGGAAUAUUGUGUUACUGCGAUAUUUCAAUCCUGUUGGCGCGCAUCCUAGCGGGAGGAUCGGUGAGGACCCGCGAGGCAUUCCGAAUAAUCUAAUGCCUUUCGUUAGUCAGGUAGCUAUAGGAAAACUACCUGUCUUGAAAAUCUUCGGCGACAAAUGGGAUACUCCAGAUGGUACGGGAGUACGCGACUUCAUCCAUAUAGUUGAUCUUGCACGUGGUCAUGUCAAAGCACUAGACAGGAUCAGGAAAGAAGGUCACAUUGGCACAGAAAUCUACAACCUCGGAACCGGUACCGGCUAUUCGGUGAAAGAAAUGGUCGCUGCAUUUGAAAAGGCCAGUGAUAGAAAAAUCCCUACGGAGAUCGGUGAACCCCGUACAGGAGAUGUCGCAGCUGUUUACUGCGAUCCUUCGUUGGCUUUGAAAAUGUUGGGUUGGAAGGCAGAAUUUGGUCUUGAAGAGAUGAGUCGCGAUCUAUGGCACUGGCAGAGUAUGAAUCCUAAUGGUUUUUCUCAAGAGCUCUUGUGCAAUAUGUCGCUGAAUGUGGGUGUACUUGGACAUGUUGAUAGUGGAAAAACAACGCUGACUAGAGCUCUGGCCGAAAUAGCAUCCACUGCUGCCUUCGACAAACAUGCUGAAAGUGGAGGAAGGAGGAACACUCUUGAUCUUGGUCGGCUUAAAACGACAAGAAAUAAAAGUGUAAUUACACUAGCGGUCGCUUUGGAGGCUCAUAGCGUCUUGCGAGCGGUCUGCUUGGCAAUUUGUGAAAGUGACGUGAAAUUUUCGUCCCUCAUCGUUUCUGGUCGCCGGCUUGCGUUAAUUGACUGUCCCGGACAUGCAGGACUCAUCAGGGCAGUGUUGUCUGCAAGCACCGUCUUUGACAUGGCGAUUGUUGUUGUGGAAGCAUCGUCAGGAAUUCAACCACAAACGGCGGAGCAUCUUCUUCUAUGCUCUAUUUUCUGUCCUAAACGAGUCAUUGUUGUGCUCAACAAAAUUGACUUGGUGAAAGAAAAUGAGAUUCCUAGCAUUACGAAAAAAGUGAGAAAAGCAAUCAUUGCAUUAGGAAUUGCAGAAGAGUCUCCGAUAGUCCCUUUAUCUCUACUGAAAAUAGAAGAAAACACCCUUCAUGAGUUAAUGUGUGUUCUGACGAAGAGUGUUUAUGAACCACUGAGGGAAAAUUCUGGAAGGCGUCAGUGUAGGAAGAGUCUGAGCUUUAUUAUAGAAAGGUACGGUUAUUAUAUGGCACAACAUUUGACAGAACGUUAUGAGAAUCCGCAAUUUGAAACUGCAUGCACACUUCUGAUUUCUAAAUAG